GUUGAAUCACCCUUCCUGCUUCGCUCUUUCCUUCCUCCCAAACCGUCACCAUGUACAUCCCCCUCUGGCUCAAGAACAUCCUGUGCCCCGUCGUCGACGUCCAGGCCCAGCAGCGCCGCUUCGCCACCCUCCCCGGCCCCGUCUUCCUGAAGACCGCCGGUGACAAGUUCCGCUACCGCCUGAUCGCUGUUGUCCUGCCCGUUUCCCUGGCCUACACCUACUACAACAUGUGGAACAUGGCCCACGGUGUCGGCCGCAUCGAGCGUCACUAAAUGCUCUCCGCUUUUUGCCACAUCUCCUCUCCCCGCUCACAUUCCGCCACCUGCGCGCCCUCGCGACGCGCGUGCCCCGCGCGCGCGCGUCGUGUGUAUAUAUGUGUCUGAGGACCCGAGCGUGCACAUGUGUAUAUGAGCAUGCUCCCUCUUUCUCUCUCUCUCUCUCUCUUCGAGAUGAUGCAGCGUCGCACAACAUCUUUGGGUUGCCAUUUCCUCUCCUGGCGGUGGGAUUGUCCCCUUGUUGCGCAUUUCUCUCGCUGCAUGCGUGCGCAUAAUACACCCCAAAAUAUUCUUCCUCCUA